UUUUAGUAACUCUUGGAAGACGUUUGUCAGCUGCAACAACUGCUGAAAAUUGUGAGGAUUAUCUGUGCGGUUACAGUGCCCUUUGAUUAGACCCCAUCAUGGCAGAUCCAGAUCUUGAUUUCACUAGUGGAGAUGCUGGGGCCUCUGUGACCUACCCACAGCAGUGCAGUGCCCUGCGCAAGAACGGAUUUGUGGUCCUGAAAGGUCGUCCCUGCAAAAUUGUUGAAAUGUCCACUUCAAAGACUGGCAAGCAUGGUCAUGCAAAGGUUCACCUGGUUGGUAUCGACAUUUUCACUAAUAAGAAGUAUGAAGAUAUUUGUCCCUCUACCCACAAUAUGGAUGUACCCAACAUAAAGAGAAAUGACUUCCAGCUGGUUGACAUCAAUGAAGGGUAUCUUUCCCUUAUGAUGGACAAUGGUGAUGUGCGUGAGGACCUUCGUGUUCCAGACGGUGACUUGGGCAAGGAAAUUGAAGGCAAACAUACUGCUGGGGAAGAUAUGAUGAUUACUGUGCUCUCAGCUAUGGGGGAGGAGGCUGCAGUGGGCAUUAAGGCCUUUACCAAAUAGGAAGAAGGACUGGGCUGCUCAGGCUGCAACAUGCAUCACCUUAACAAAUUUCCUGCUUUUUGGUUUGGUUUUGUCACCAAAGCUAUGGCCUUCACAAGCAACCUCAUUUUUUUUUGUUUGUUGCGAUUGUACUCCCUUUUUCUUCUCCUUCAAAUACUGUGCUGGACUUUUAACAACUUACUCUUGUUAGGUUGUUUUGGCAUUCCCUCGGGUCAUAGGUUUCGUUUUAUUCUUUUAGGUUUUUCCCUUCAUUCCACUUUAUUUUGCCUUCAAGAUGUUGGUCUGGCCACUUACAUUCCUGGAUGUUAAACAAAUGGAAUCCAUUUUUGUCUUUUAUUUUAUAUAUGUACACAUGCGUGCGUGCACACAUUACAUGGAUAGUGUGCAGAAUUUAUGCCUUUUGGGGGAAAUGUGCAUGAGUUUUAAAGAAGGGGAAGAAAGGCCCUUACUGACACUUACCUGAUUUUUAUCCCACCCAACACCCCCUCCUCUCUUAUGGGUGCCAUACCUUUUGCUUAACAAUUUAUUCCAUAUAUGCACUAAGGUCAUUUCUUUCAACAUUGAAUGCCUUUUUCCCAAAGUAAGAUGUGUACUGGUAGUUAGCACUUUGUAGUACUUGCAGUACUUUGAGUACUACCAGAAACAUUUUGAAUUUCCCCCCUUCAUAAAAUCACUAAUUCACACCAGUGAAAUUUCUAAAUGCCAGUCUCCAUUGUAUAGAAGUGGAAAGAAGAAUGUGAUGGCCAUGUGCGAGUACCUCUGUAAUGCAAUAGCAGCCAGCCUGGUCUUGGCUGUGAUUGACAACCAUAAAUAAAGUGUUGAAGCCUGUAUUUGUCUCCAGUAAAAAGGUGUUUAUGGAUGUUUUACCAGCAUUUGCAGGGUGUUUUUCUUUCCACUGGACCCAGUAUUUGGUAUGAUGUGUGAUUGGUUGAAAACUCUGUUCACUUGAGGCCUUUGUCUCAGCCAUGGCAAAAAUAAAUAUAAAAUUAAACAAUAA